AUGCAUGCAUGGGAGAAUAUUCCGAUGGACGCAGAGGCCAAUUUUUCACCAAUGGAGACAGUUCAUGGUUCAACUAUACCAACCAAGUUGACCAUUGUACAUUCCACUGGAGUGUUUUUGCACAACGUUGUCUGGUGCAGCUGUCCUGGGGUCGAUUCCAGUACCACUCGACCACAGACUGCCUUUACUUUUGAUGUCCUCAAUCAUUUUCUAAUUGAUGCACUGGAGUGCAAGACUUCAGCAUCCAGCUUCUUUGAAAAAAUCCGUCGAAUGACCAAUAACUGUUUCCCAGAUACUGUUCCUAAUCGAUAUCGAGAACUUAUGAGAGUGUCUCGACUGUGGAGAGACUUGAUGAGUCGAAAAUGGUUUGGCUUUGCCCAUAAUGAUGAGCAGAAACCGGACAAGGGUGAUCUGGCUUGUUGGCUUGUUUCACAAAGAUAUGUGGUAGACGGGAACUUCACUGCUCAACAUAUGGUAAUGAGAAAACCACAGUUGGACAUUAGUUUGUCAGAUGGGCUUGGGUAUAUGGUGAAAGAUCAAGAAUACCAGACUCAUCUGUCAUCGGCUGUAGAAAGUAAAGAGUGGUCUUCUUGCAGCAAUCAUCGUGCAGUAAAUGCAGCCAAUAUCAGCAGGAGCAAUCUUCGAGCUACAGGUGUAGGAGCAACUGCUUGUGCUCGACAUGGAUGCUUUGUUCCUCAUAGUAUAGUUGAUUUUCAGAAGGGCGAAAGACACAUGAAUAUCGACUACUCAAUAUGCAAUGCAUUGAAUUAUCAUUCAGCUGGUAUAGACUCUUCCCUCAUCAUUUAUGAUGUGGGGUUGAAGACUCUCUUGAAAAAGUACAAACGGGCUCUCAAAGGUGUUGAUGACACAAAGUCUCCCUUUGACGAGCUCACUCUGUCUCUGGACCCUGAGAAGAUUUCGAUAUGGAAGAUCAAUGAGAAAAAGGCCAUGGAACAACGUGGAGAGUAUCUUGACAUCUAUCAGUUGCAGAUGAACAAAGCUCCAACUAUGGCAGAGAUUAGACUCAAAUUAACUGAGUCUGAGAAUACCGACACUAGCAAACCUGGGACAGUCUCUUGGCUCAUUACUGGCAUCAAUCUGGAGGAUUUACAGGAUGGACUAAGGGCAGAUAUUCGACAACUUCCUACUGAUGCAACCCCAGGACAGAAAGUUUCUAUAGAAGAGAAGCGACAGAGAUUGACAGCUAGGAUAGCUAAAUUUCAUGAAACAGCUGAUGCCAUGACUGCUGGUAUGGAUCUUGGAACUGCAACAGUGCAUUCCGACGAUCCUAGAUUCUGCUAUGCAGGUCAUGAUGAAAAUGGUUGGGGAGAGGUCUCAGAUGAAGAGAUCUCAGAGUAUAUUGACGAAGAAAUCUUGGCUGAAGAGAUGGGUAUCUGGAUGCCAUCAUCAGUGCCCUACCAGGAUGCAUUGGCUCUCGGACUGGGUCCCCUCCAAGCUGAAGAAUUAGAACUUCGAAAGGGCCAAGCCAUUGACUGCCUCGAAAAGCUUCGAAUGGCCCUUGGUCAUAAGGCUAUCAUCUAUCGUCAGUAUUUUCGAAGUGCUAAUUCUACAUGGGCUGGGACUAGGUCAAAGCAAGAAGCUCAACGCUGUCAGCUCAAAAUUGACAAGUGUGUAAGAAGCUAUCAGAGGGCAAGGUCAGCAAUGGAAGGUCUAGGCAUGGACAAAGCCACCUUGGGGAGUCUUUAUCAGCCAAUAUCGCCUACAGAGCUCAGUAUAGACAAAGAGGUGACAGAAGAAAAUAGAUUUGGACAAGGGUCAGACAGGCUGGCUUGGUUUUGGAGGGGAAAUAAUGCAAGCCAAGGUCAAGACGAUGCCUGGAUAGAUGAAUCUCCAACCGAUCUAGUCUACAGGGUGAACUGGUUGAAGGCUAAGGCUAGAUGGAAUAGAUGGCAAGAGGAAUUAAGGCUGGUAAGACAUGAAAUGGGUUGGACCAUAAACUGGUUCAAGUACCACCAGAAUGAAUGGGAGAGAAGGGGUGGCCAAGCCACCAGACCUGGUCAUCAAGCCUAUGCUUAUCAGCAGGUCUUGAUGUGGGGAAGAUUUGUUGAGGAGGCAGAGAAAAAUUUCAAUGGAUGUAGCUUAGCUAGCACUAGCUCCACUCUAUGUAGUCCACAGCUGGCCGAGAUAAUUGUAUUUAAGAUAUGGACUGGCCAGAUGGUUCCUACAGCAUUCCAUGUAAUUCUGAUACCAAUAACUGACAGAAUCAAGUCGGCCGAAUUAAACCGGCCGGGAUGCAAUGUUGGAAUUGAAAACCAGCCAGUCUUGAUUCUACUGUUGUAA